UGGCAUGGUUAUAUGACGCUCAAGCAACGCACAGGGCUUGCCAGCUUAGCAUUACAUUGUGGUCGCUUUUGUAUUUUCCAACCGUUUGUAUGAUCGCACAGAUCCCAAUUUUUGAGGCCGGCGGAGCGACAACAGACUUUUCACAUUGAAGGUGCACUUGGCCAUUGCGGAAGUAAUGCAUGUAGUGGAUUAAGAACACGAGAAUAUCGGCAGAAGUUAACACCAUACGUGCAGUUGACAGCGGACGUGUAAGCAUGGUCUCUUCCCAUCAGUGAAAGUAUCAUAGUUGACGCUGUCCUUGCGGCACCAGACGAUUGUUGAUUUUUUUUAAAUGUCCAUGGAAAUGUAACAAGUAUUAAACGCUGGUGGAGAGCAACUUCAGCGGAGAAAAUAAGACAGAGUGACAGAGGGGAGAACCGGAUAGAUCCGAUAGAAAGCUGAGUACAUACAGGUCAACAUCCUUGCCGUAUUACAGAGUCGCUUGUUCAUCGAGAAUGGAUACAUCAGUGAGAGUGCUUGGAACAAUACUUGGUUUAAUUUCACUGGCUUCAGUUGUCCGGACCCAAGCAGGUAGUUGUAAUUCCAAUCCGUGCCUGAAUGGUGCUAACUGCGUUCUGCAACAGAACAACCAGACUUACUGUGAGUGCCGUCAAGGUUACCAUGGCGAGCUUUGCAACAUGCCCUUAACCAGCGACAGAGGCAGAUCCUGUGAUGUUCCCCAACGCUACUUUUAUGGCCAGACCCGAGGCUCCCUGGCAUCGCCCUUCUACCCAAACGAUUACACCAGCUAUCAGGACUGUUGGUACUAUCUGGGCGUGGCCGAAGCCAACAAAUUUCGCCUGACCUUUCACCACUUGGAUGUGGAACCCAGGAAGGAUGCCGUUGAUAUCGGGAGCGGACCCGUGGCAGACAUUGACAACGUAAUUGUGACAUACGAGAGUGGUGCCUACAACCCACCGCCAGGCCCCAUUGAAAUCACAGGGGACAGGGUGUGGAUCCGCUUCACGUCCGACAUGAACAUUGUCAAGCAGGGAUUCAACAUGAGCUGGGUUGUAGAUGGUGAUGAAUGCCGUGUGGAGCCCUGUGCACCCGGCGAGCAGUGCUUUGAUGAGGAAUACACCUACAGAUGUGAAGCCCAAAACGAAUGCUUCAGUAGUCCAUGCACAAAUAAUGGCACCUGUAUUGAUGGAGUCAACAGGUAUACCUGUCAGUGUCCUGACGAGUUUGAGGGAGUCAACUGUGAAACACCUGUAGACCCAUGUGAGAACACCCCAUGCAGCAAUGGAGGUAUCUGCUCUGGUAGUGGUACAUCCUUCCUAUGUCAGUGUGUCAAUGGCUACACCGGGACCACCUGCACAGAGGAUAUUGAUGAAUGCGCCAGCAACCCUUGCUCAGGCAAUGGUAACUGUAUGAAUGGUCGUAAUAGGUUUGACUGUACAUGCUUCCCUGGCUAUACAGGAGUUCGCUGUGGUGUAGAUAUCAACGAGUGCUCGUCUAAUCCGUGCAUGAAUGGAGGCGUUUGUACUGACCUGGUCAAUGGAUACAGCUGCUUUUGCCCCUUGGGCUUCACAGGCAGCCGAUGUGAAACAGAUAUUAACGAGUGUAGCAGCUCUCCCUGUUAUAAUCAGGGCACCUGUACGGACUUGUUCAAUGAGUAUCGCUGUACUUGUGCACAGGGCUUCAGCGGCCCGCAGUGUCGAAUAGACAUUGAUGAGUGUGCUCCAGCUCCAUGCCAGAAUGAUGGAACCUGCGUGAACCUCGUCAAUAUGUUUGAGUGCCAAUGUGCCCCAGGAUACACGGACAGCGUCUGUGGAACUGAUAUCAACGAGUGCGCAAGCAACCCAUGUAUUAAUGGUCAGUGCACCAAUGAGGUGAAUGCGUACACGUGUGAUUGUCUACCAGGGUUCACAGGAAUCAACUGCGACAUAGAGAUUGACGAGUGUGCCAGCAGCCCAUGUCAGUCGGGCAGCUCCUGUGAAGACCGCAUCAACGCCUUUUUCUGUCGCUGCAUCCCGGGCUACACUGGCGUCACCUGCGAAAUGAAUAUCAAUGAAUGCAUAAGUCUGCCAUGUCAGAAUGGCGCGACCUGCGUCGACAUCACCAAUGCCUUCAUUUGCCAGUGUGCUGCCGGAUACCAGGGAACUUUAUGCGAGGAGGAUAUCAAUGAAUGUGCCAGCGUGCCUUGUGUCAACAACGGUCAGUGCACGGACAUCGUCAACGGGUACGCCUGCUCCUGCCCCGCUGGCUUUGCAGGGCUGCGGUGCGAACUCAAUGUGCAGGAGUGUUCCAGCAAUCCGUGUCAGAAUCUUGGUGUGUGUGUGGAUGGGGUCAACUCCUUCUCCUGUGUCUGUAAACCAGGCUGGGAGGGCAGCCUCUGUCAACUGUCUGUGGACGACUGCGAAUCCUCACCUUGCCAGAAUGGUGGUACAUGUCGAGAUGACCAUCUCUCCUACGAAUGUAGCUGUAUACCUGGCUACAGCGGUCUCAACUGUGAAAUAAACAACAACGAGUGUGACAGUGAUCCGUGCUUGAACAAUGGCAUAUGCAUGGAUGGCAUCAAUAUGUUCACUUGUCAGUGUCCCGGUGGCUGGACUGGAGCCCGCUGUGAGAUAGACAUCAAUGAGUGUGCAAGUGAGCCUUGUUUCAAUAAUGGGACUUGCGUCAACGGCGUCAACCGGUUUCGCUGCAGCUGUCUGUCAGGCUGGGAGGGGGAGCUUUGUAAUGUCGAUACCAACGAGUGCAGCCCGCCAACAGGCAAUCCUUGCAGAAAUGGAGGUACCUGUGUCAACUUGUUCAACUCUUACCAAUGCGUCUGUGCGCCUGGAUACACCGGCAUUAACUGUGAACAAGAUAUCAAUGAGUGUUCCAGCAAUCCCUGUCUGAAUAACGGCGCUUGCAGCAACCUGGUCAAUGGCUACAGCUGUACCUGCGCACCUGGCUACUCAGGAAACAACUGCCAACUCCAGGACAACCCGUGCCUCAACGCACCGUGCGUCAAUGGAGGCACGUGUGUUAAUCGUAUCAGCUAUUACACUUGCAGCUGUCUACCAGGCUUCCAGGGUAGCAACUGCCAGAAUGACACUGAUGAGUGCAUUGGCAAUCCGUGUCAGAACGGCGGUACUUGUAAUAACCUAAGGGGUGCCUACUCCUGUACUUGUGUGUCUGGCUGGGAGGGUAGCAACUGCCAAGUCAAUACAGACGAGUGCGCCAGCGGGCCGUGCCUGAACGGCGGCUUCUGCACCGACCUGGUCAAUCGCUACACCUGCACUUGCCCUCAGCAGUACACAGGGCAAAGGUGCGAGACAGAGCUGGACGCCUGCCAUAACGACCCCUGCCGCAACCAGGGCACCUGCCUCAAUUUCUACACCUACUACCGUUGCACCUGCCCGCCCGGCUGGAUCGGGGACGACUGCGGCAUCGUGUCGACUGAUGAGUGUGCACUGAGUCCCUGUGCCAAUGGAGGCACCUGCAUUGACCUUCAGGCAGACUACCUGUGUGCUUGCCUGCCUGGCUACACUGGCAGAAAUUGCAAUGAGAACAUUAAUGAUUGCCUGACGACACCCUGUUUGAAUGGAGGGGCAUGCGUGGAUGGCAUCAAUACCGUGACCUGUAACUGCCAUCCAGGUUUCACCGGAACCUUCUGUGAAACAAAUAUCAAUGAGUGCUUGAGUUUCCCUUGUCAGAAUGGUGGCUCCUGCGUAGACAGUGUCAACAGGUACACAUGCAACUGUGCCGUCAAGUGGACUGGCGUCAACUGUGAGACAAGCCUGAAUGAGUGCAGAAGCAAUCCCUGCUUCAACGGUGGUACCUGCUUCGACUUGCAAGAUUCCUUCAGCUGUCGCUGCACACCUGGCUGGACCGGUAACAUCUGUAAUGAAGAUUUUGAUGAAUGCCAAAGUUUACCCUGUCAGAACGGCGGAACUUGCGUCAACCAGCUCAACUCUUACACCUGCCAGUGCGCCUCUGGCUGGACAGGAACGACCUGCGAAGGGAACAUCAAUGAGUGCAUCAGCAGCCCAUGUAGGAAUGGCGGAACCUGUGCAGAUCAGAUCAAUGGCUACACCUGUAACUGUGAUGCUGCCUGGACUGGUACCCUGUGUGAAGUCAAUUUUGAUGAAUGUGCCAGCAACCCUUGCCUUAAUGGAGCAACAUGCCAGGAUGGGAUUGGCAGUUACUCUUGUCGAUGUGCUCAAGGCUUCACAGGGAUCCGCUGUGAAAUAAACAUUGAUGAGUGCAGGAGUAACCCUUGUAUCAACGGAGAUUGCACUGAUCUGGCCAAUGGUUUCAACUGUACAUGCAGACCUGGCUGGACUGGUACCCAGUGUAACAUAGAUAUUAAUGAGUGCGCCCCAGUCAACCCCUGCCAGAACAACGGCAUUUGCAACAACCAAGAGGCGACCUUCGUCUGUCGCUGUCAAUUCGGCUGGACCGGGAAGCUGUGUGAAAUUGAUGUCGACGAGUGUGCUAAUGAUCCCUGCUUGAAUGGAGGAACCUGCCAGAACCUGCAGAAUUCCUUCCGCUGUGACUGCCCUGCUGGAUUCACAGGCUUCACCUGUCAGAUCAACAUCAACGACUGUGCCUCCAUACCGUGUCUGAACCGCGGGCGGUGCAUCGAUGGUAUUGAGAAUUUCACCUGCCAGUGUUUGGCCGGCUACGACGGCGAUCGUUGCCAAAACAAUGUUGACGAGUGUGCGAGCGGGCCUUGCCAGAACAAUGCUCUGUGUGUAGAUGGCAUCAACUCGUACACGUGCCAGUGCGUUCGUGGCUUCGUCGGUAUCCAUUGCGAGAACAAUCUUGACAAUUGUGGGAACACUAACCCAUGUCUGAAUGGGGGGACAUGCAUAGAUGGCAUAGACAGCUACACCUGCAAGUGUCUACCUGGAUGGAGCGGUGACAACUGCCAAUUCCGUGGUCAGUGUGUAGCCAACUACACCAUCUCAGCGGUCAGUAGCAUUAGCAUUGCCUCCCCAGAGUUCCCCUCUAACUAUCGCAGCAACGACGAGUGCCGUUGGUUCAUCUUCGCUGAGCCAGGCAAGCACAUUCUGGUGCAGUUCACCGACUUUGCCACCGAGCCGCAGUACGACUACGUCAGCGUUGGUAACGGCUUGAACCCAGCCGACCUGGGCUCGCGGGUUGUCCACUACGCGGGCCUGGAUGUGCCACCCGCCUUCCUUACCACCGGCAACGUGAUGUGGGCCACGUUCGUCUCGGACCACUCCAAGACGGAGAGGGGUUUCUCCAUCAGCUUCACUGAGCAGGAUAAUCCCGAUCUAGACAACGAGUGCUUGAGUAAUCCUUGCUUGAAUGGGGCAACAUGCGUCAACAGCGUGGGUAAAUACGUCUGCAUGUGUCACCGUUACUUCGUAGGGACCAACUGUGAAACUGAGCUGAAGGAGAAUGUAUGUUCCUCCAACCCUUGCCCUCCAGAGUCUGCCUGCAUACCAACAGACAACGGCUAUGUCUGUAAUUGUCCAGCAGGCCUGGACGAUAGCAGGUGCUCCGUAGCAGAUAUCAUGCCGAGGACUCCCUGCAGCAGUGCUCCCUGUGCCAACGGUGCCACCUGCCAAGAUGUAGGCAGCCUUUAUCUCUGCAUCUGUGCUUUUGGCUGGACGGGGCUGAACUGCAACAUUGAUAUUGACGAAUGUACCAGCAACCCAUGCCGUAACGGGGGAACCUGUGUCAAUGAAGUGGCUCGCUUUACGUGCAGCUGUAUGCCAGAUUUCACCGGUUUUCAGUGCGAGACAGAUAUCUCCAGAGAUUUGUGUAACCCCAACCCAUGUCAGCAAGGUGGCACAUGUGUCUUCACCAACGACCAAUACAAAUGCCUGUGUGUGGGCGGUUACAUCGGAGCCAACUGUGAACUAGAGCUUGAUGAGUGUCGUAGUAAUCCUUGCCUCAACGGCUACUCGUGUGAAAAUGUGCUGAAUGCGUACCGAUGUGACUGUCCCCCAGAGAUGGGACCACAGUGUCGUGGAGCCUCAGCAUGUACCUCUCAGCCAUGUAAGAACCAAGGGAGGUGUGUUGAGACCGUGGAUGGCGAAUACCGUUGCAGCUGCCCUGAGGGAUGGACGGGUGUGGAUUGCUCACGUGUUCUAGAUGCUACGCUGGUGUGUCAGACUAAUGUGUGCAACAACGCUGGCAUCUGCAUCAAGGACAAUGGCAUUAUUGUGUGUUCCUGCCCUGAAGGGUACACAGGGGAGCGCUGUGAGACAGAAUUGGACAAUCCCUGCUUUGCUCACAAGUGCGACAGUGGGACUUGUGUGAAAGUCUCUUCCAGGAACUAUACCUGUUCCUGUCAAGAUGGCUACACAGGAGAAUACUGCCAUCUGGAGAUCGAUGAGUGUAGCAGCAACCCUUGUCGCAAUGGAGGUGUCUGUCAAGACCUGUUCAAUAGCUUCAGUUGCACCUGUCCAGACAACUUCAUUGGAACAGAGUGUGAACAAACCACCAUUGUAGUAACAACAGCCCCCUUGACCAAUCUGGAAUGGGAAUGGAUCGUUAUCCUGACAGUCUUAGCAGUCCUGUGUGUGGUUCUCAUUGUCAUUCUGAUUGCCUGCGCCUGCAUAUGGAGUGGCCGCAAGAAGGAAUAGAUAUUCAUUUGUCACAUUCAUGGACCUGCCCCUGGCCAGAAAAUACUAAUCAUCAUCGUCUUCCCCUCUGGGAAUUUCUGUCACAUUGGUCUCAGUUUGGUUUUUAUGAAUACAGCUGUAUACCUUGGGGCCAAAUUAAAUAGAUAAGCACCGAAAUUUGAUCGGCCCAGAAAAUAACAUGCCAUGUAUUCCAUGAUUACUUGUACCCCUCUGGUAUUAAUAUCCAGCUUGUAGAUUUGCUUUGGGGCGUGAUCACAAGGUGUUACUCAGGCAAAUACCCAGAAAAACUUAUUUUCUUUCUUUGAAAUUUAUUAACACACAUCAAGUUUUCAGUUAUCUAUAAGAGCCCACAGUUUGCCCACCUUUUGGCAGGAUUUAGUCUUGGCCAAUGGCAAGACCAGAAACUGUAAAUAAAUCAAAUGACGUGUAUCCACCUUAUUUUUAUAACAGACGCAAUACGUUUUCAAACCUCAGUAACAAAACUGUACCAUUUUAAAACAAUUGUCGAUUAUUGGAAACAAAAUAUAGUUUAUAGCAUUUUAGUGAGAUUUUCACCUUGAUGGUGAAUUGCGACUUUCUGCUGAGCGGGAGAAAAUGAAAUACAUUGUACAAUGUAAGGGUAGCCUUUUUUGACUUGUGUGUUUAACGUCUUUCAUAAAUAUUUUUGAGUGGAAAUAAUUGUCAACUACAAGCCAAAGUUUGUGCUGGAUUUUUUCAAUGAGCCAAUUAUAAGGAUACUAGUUAUUUCCUACUCCCCAAAUGUAACCAUGGUGUACUUGUUUUAUCUGGUCAUUUCAAUCCAUACAACUUUAUAAUUUGAAAAUUACUCCCUCCUAAAAGAUGGACAAUGCUUGAUGGACAUUGUCUCAGUUUAUUCAGGAAACAGUUGUAGAUAGCCGAGGCCUUGUUGCCAGGCAUCUCGUGUGAUGCACAUCAUCGUUGGUUACCCACCAUCCCAAAACCAGGCUGAAGUAGGUAACUUCAUCACCCUAAAAUAGUGCAACUCCUAUUGCUCAGGUUUUCAUUGGAGUUCACAGCUAUCACUACACAUAAGAAGCUUUCUGCAGACAGAAUUUUGAUUUAACAUAGAUCACUUUAAAGUGAAAAAAAAGCUGAAGGAGAGGCGUUGUCCAACAUCACAAAUACCGACUUCAGCCUGGUACUGGGAUGGUGGGGUCACAUCCUGGCCUUUUCUGAAAUGUGGAAAAAGUCUCCAUCUUCUCCUUAGGCUGCAAGUAGUCCCUGGCUAACGAGAUUCUGGCUCAACAUUCGGCCAUGUAAGUUGGAGUUCCAGAAAUACUGUAUGGCAUGAAACCAAAGUUAGGACUUGAUCCAAAUACAUCAAGUCAGCUUGGUUCUAAAGUUCAGACUGACAUGAAGUAGAAGGCAUUGGUUAAGUGGUCUUUGAGAAAGGGCCAUGGAAUAGACACCAUCGGAGAAGUCUCACAUUUUUUGUACUGUGAACGAUUUGCAGAAACACGCAGAUAGGUCAUUACAGGAAUAACCUUUUUAACUUCUAAUCCCUUCACACAAUGACAUUUUGACAAUGAAUGAUAUAUUUGCACAUCAACAUGUCAAGUGUAUUAUAGUGUUUAUUCAGAACCGCCAUUCGGGCUUUCAUAAACAUAUUUUAAAGCUUUGUUUUUAACCAGAACUGAAAAUAUGUACAUGGAUUCAUUACAUGAUAUAAAGAAAUGCUAAAACUGUUUUUGAAAAAUUUUACUUGAUGCGGAGAUUAGGGCUACUUUUAGCGGAAAACUUAGCGCUUUUUACACAGUUGUCUUUCAUAUUUCAGUAAAUAAUUUCAUACUGUAAGUACUUUGCUAAGCUGAUGCAUCUUAAAAAACGACAAGGUAAUGCAGUUUUGCAGGGAGAAAAUUUAAAGCUUCAAAUCAACACUUGUAUUAACCAGGGUCACAAUGUCAGGGUACCAGUACAAUAGUUUAUAUGUGGUUUGGGCGUUACAGGAUAGGUGUUGCAACAAACUUUGCGGUUUAGUAUACAGUUCAGAUGCUUGAUGGUUUGCUUGUGUAGGAUCUGGAGGGAAUGUUUCAAAACCUUUGAUUGGUCAGUUGAAUGCUUUUGAGCAGAUCACUUGGGUAGUUCUCAUUUUGCAGUUGUUUUCAAGACUAGUGUGAAUGUUGGAUAGUUGGAAAACUCCCUUGUAUAAUAUUAUAGAGAUUUUGUGUUGUAUGUUUGUGACUUGCGUUUUUUGUACAAAUAUGAAUAUGCUGAAGUUGCAGAGAUGUAACUCUUUAUGCCAUUUUCACAAGUAUCUUUUUUUACUUAUUUUUUGAUAAAUACAAAGUUCAUCAUAACAGUGCUAGUGCACUGAGUGACAGAUAUUGAAAUAAAUGAAGUAUUGGAAAGGAGAUUUUAA